UCCAGCAGAGACAGAAUGACGCCACGACUGCAGCUCUUCAUCACUUUACUGCUUCACUUUGGAGCAGGAAUCAGUGGUGAAUUCUUUCACAGGGCUGGAGAUGACUCUCUGAUCAUCAACAACAUCACUGCUGAAGAUGCUGAUUUUUACAACUGGUGGGAUGACUUUGUUGAUUAUGAUUCCACAUCUGUGGAUCUGAAUGUUGUAACAGCAGGAAACAGUGAUGGACAAAUCGAUCUCUAUCACAGAGCUGGAGAUGACGUCGUUUUACCGUUUGACGACUGUUCAUCAACCGACCAAUGUUCUGAUGUUGACUGGUAUCAUUACAACGGUCGAUAUGAAAAAUGCAUAGUUCUUAAUGGAAAUAUUGAUAAGACGUCACCUGGAGCUGACAGGAGGAGUUUGAGCAGUAACUGCUCUCUGAUCAUCAACAGCAUCACUGCUGAAGAUGCUGGUGUUUACGGGUGUGAUGAUGACUCCGACACAUAUGUGUUUCUGCAUGUUUUAACAGCAGGAAUUGAUCUCCAUCACAGAGCUGGAGAUGACGUCGUUUUACCAUGUCAAAUUGAAUCUUCAUCCGACGACUGUUCUUAUCCAUACUGGAUUUACAACAACAUUCAAAAUGCAGAUGGACACUUCAAGGUUCGUAAUGGAAGUAUUGUGAAGACGUCACACGGAGCUGACAGGAUGAGUUUGAGCAGUAACUGCUCUCUGAUCAUCAACAACAUCACUGCUGAAGAUGCUGGUCUUUACAUCUGUGGGAAUGGAUAUGGUGAUUCCAAAUCUGUGUAUCUGAAUGUUUUAACAGAUUCCAGUGUGAUCAAUACCAGAUUGAUUAUUGGAUCGGUGGUCGGGGGGCUGAUAGUGGUUCUGGUCAGCAUCGCUACGUUUCUCAUCAUUUACAGGAUGAAAGUUAAAAGGAACAAUCCCAGAAAUCAAACAGCACAAGCCAUGGGAUCUGCCAACAAAAAUGUGCAGGAUUUGCAGGCAAAAGCAGGAGCCAUGUCCUGUAAUGCAGUGAGGGCUGGAGGAAAAAAUAGCAUGGGGCAGAAGAGAGAGAGCCAGGGGAGUGCAGAAAAGGAUAGAGAGUGUUAUCGCUGCAAAGGUAAUCAUGCACCUGAAGACUGUCAGUUCAAAAAGGAAAAAUGUCAUGCAUGUGGGAUGACUGGACACAUAGCCCGAGCAUGUCGAAAUAAGAAAAAGUUAAAUGCUGAAAAGAGAACUGACAUAAGACCCAGAGGAAGAGGAAGACGCUUCACCCAGGAGAGAAAAGUACAUUAUUGUUCUCCCAGAGUGGCAGAGGGGAGUGAUGAGGAGGGGCACGCAUUCUCAUUAUACAGUGUCCUGGGUGAGGAUGAAGAGGAGGGUGUGCCACCCUACAAAGUAUGCAUGACUCUAAAUGAGGAACCAGUGACAUUUGAAGUGGAUACUGGAUGUAGUCUCACCAUACUGAACAUGAAAACGUUUAAAGAAAAAGUGAAAAAUGCCCCUCCCUUGAAGAAAACUCGACUUAAGUUGAGAACAUAUACAAAGCAAAAGAUAAAGGUGUUGGGGAAAACGUAUGUGAAGGUGAACUACAAACAACAGGAAAAGAUGUUGCCCAUCAUAGUAGUUAAAGGCACGGGUCCAAACUUACUGGGAAGAUGGUGGAUGAAGCAUGUUAAACUGGACUGGGCUGAAAUAAAGUACCAGGCACACCACCCACAGUCCCUGCCCCUGGAGCCAGUGCAUAACGCACACUACUCCCAGCCCCUGACCCUGGAGCAAGUGCUACAAAAGCAUGAGGGAGUAUUUAAAGAGGAGUUGGGAACUUUAAAAGGUUUCAAAGCUACUAUUCAUGUACCUGCUGAUGCUGUUCCCCGCUUUUAUAGACCCAGAUCUGUUCCCUAUGCUAUGAAGCCCAAAGUUGAUGUUGAGAUUGACAGAUUGUUAAAAGAAAACAUCAUUGCUCCUGUUAAGUAUUCUGAAUGGGCAGCUCCUGUGGUUCCUUUGCUAAAACCUGAUGGUGACUGUAGACUUUGUGGAGAUUAUAAAUUGACUGUAAACCGAGUCUCCACCCUGGAACAGUACCCCAUACCUAAAGUAGAGGAUUUGAUGGCAGUGUUAGCUGGGGGGCAACAGUUCACCAAACUUGACAUGAGUCAUGCAUAUCAACAAAUCCAAAUGGAUGAUAAGUCUAAGAAGUACUUAACUGUAAAUACUCAUCGUGGAAUGUUUACAUAUAACAGACUACCAUUUGGUGUAUCUUCAGCUCCUGCCAUCUUCCAGAGAACCAUGGAGGGGGUUCUCCAGGGCAUACCCCAAGUUGCUGUGUAUCUGGAUGAUAUCCUGGUUACCGGGGCAACCAGAGAAUUGCAUCUCAGAUCUCUGGAGGAGGUGUUAAACCGGUUAGAAGAUGCUGGUCUCAGAUUAAAGAGAAGCAAAUGCACUUUGCUGGCUGAUGAGGUUCAGUAUCUGGGACAUAAAGUGGAUGCUAAAGGAGUUCACACUGUGGAAGCCAAGGUAAAAGCUGUUGUUGAUGCUCCCACCCCAACUUCAGUGACAGAGCUCAAGGCCUACCUGGGCUUGUUGAAUUAUUAUAAUCGCUUUCUUCCCCAUAUCUCCACAUUGCUAGCCCCUUUACAUCAUUUGCUGAAGAAAGAUGUGGUUUGGAGCUGGAGGGACCGUCAAGAGGAAGCCUUCAGGAGGUCCAAAGACUUGUUGAAGUCAGCUGAUGUCUUGGUGCAUUAUUCUGGAGAGAGGCCUUUAAUCUUAGCCUGCGAUGCCUCACCCUAUGGAGUGGGGGCAGUGUUGUCCCACAGCAUGGAAGAGGGAACUGAGAAACCAAUUGGGUUUGUAUCUAGAAUGGCCCCCGCAGAGAAGAAAUAUUCGCAGGUGGAUAAAGAGGGUUUGGCUGUGAUUUUUGGCAUAAAAAGGUUCCACAAAUACCUUUAUGGCCAUAACUUUACAAUUGUAACGGACCACAAGCCCCUAAUCUCCUUGUUCAGUGGAACUAAACCUGUUCCUCAGAUGGUGUCUCCACGAGUGCAACGUUGGUCUGUAUGGCUCAGAGCUUAUGAGUUUCACAUUGUAUACAGGCCUGGAAAGCGGCAUAUGAAUGCAGAUGCCCUCAGUAAACUUCCCUUGCCAGAAACAGUCCCUGCUGAGGAAGAGGAGGAUCUUGUGUUGAUGCUGGAUGGAAUAGAUGAUGCAUCAGUGACCACAGAACAAGUAAGACAUUGGACAGCUAAGGAUGUGACACUGUCACGUGUGCAUGGAUAUGUGUUACAAGGAUGGCCUUCUAUAGUGGAGCCUGAAUGCAUGCCUUACUUCACUCGACGCUUAGAGCUUAGUGUGCGAGAUGGAUGUGUUCUGUGGGGUGCUCGAGUCAUAAUUCCUCAGCAAGGGCGAAAAACACUGUUAAAGUUGCUGCAUCAGUCCCACCCAGGCAUGUCUAAAAUGAAGGGACUGGCCCGAUCAUAUGUCUGGUGGCCCCAGAUGGAUCAGGAUGUAGAGAGGGAAGUACAUCAGUGUGCUACAUGUCAACAAAAUGCCAUGUCUCCCUCUACAGCACCCUUACAUCCCUGGGAAUGGCCAGAGAAGCCCUGGACUCGACUCCAUGUGGAUUAUGCUGGUCCAUUUUUGGGCAAGAUGUUUCUGGUGCUGGUUGAUUCCCAUUCUAAAUGGAUGGAUGUUUAUCCGGGGAAUACAGCAACCACUCAUGGAACUAUUGAAAAGCUCAGACAAAGUUUCAGUGUCCAUGGACUGCCAAAGAUGUUGGUGAGUGAUAAUGCUACUUGCUUUACUAGUGCUGAGUUUGCUGAUUUCAUGACUAAAAACGGGAUAAAGCAUGUAACGUCAGCCCCUUUUCAUCCAUCAUCGAACCGAUUGGCUGAGAGAGCUGUUCGGACCUUUAAGGAGGGGAUGAAGAGGAUGCAAGGAGGAAAGGAGAGCUUGGAAGCAAAAGUGUCUAGAUUCCUGUUUAUUUACAGAAUCACUCCACACUCUACCACAGGCUUGUCCCCGGCUGAAAUGCUGAUGUCACGGAGGCCAAGGUCUGCCUUUGACCUGUUACUCCCAGACUUGAAGUCUAAGGUGGAAAAGAAACAGUGGAAACAAAAAGUUAAUCAUGACAUACACAUCAAGCUCAGGAGUUUUUCCCCCGGGAAUCUAGUUUUUACAAAAAACUAUGGAUUUGGCCACAAAUGGAUCUCUGGAACAAUUGAGAACUGCACAGGGCCCCUAUCAUGCACAGUCCUCAUUGGAAAUGGACAGGUCGUAAGGAGACAUGUUGACCAAAUCAGGAGGCGAGAGCUAAGUGGCAUAUAUGCAUCCGCAGUUAUGCGGUCGAUGGCUGGAGAUGACGUAGCUUUGCAGAAUAACGUUGACUUAUCGUCUUCCAACUGCUCCGAUGUUGAGUGGAUUUACAGCAGAGACACAAGUUCAGCGUCUCAUGAGGAGUUUGGUUCUGGAGCUGGCAGGAUGGACAGGAAGUGCUCCCUGAUCAUCACCAACAUCACCGCUGGAAACGCUGGUCUCUACGAGAGCCGGCUGAGGGACAAGUACAACACCGUUGUGUAUCUCAGUGUUUUAACAAGUGAGUAUUUGGACUGUGUGGGAAACAGUGCAACCAAAAACCUCCAACCCUUGCUGGGUUUGUCCGUCCCAGGAAGGGUUUCCCUCUUUGGAUCCUGCCGUUGA